AUGACUACGAGCAGUCCCUCAAGUCCAAAGAACACUUCGACUACUAAAACAAGCAUGAGAGCCAGCACAAUAGCGACUACCACGAUUCAUGCAUCGAGAACUACUCUCACGAAUAAUUCCACUGCGCGGAGCAGUACAUCUGCUUUGAUUCCAACAACAGCUAAGAGCACAACCAAUGCAACAAAACCCGUAACCACGACAAAGCCACCAGGUUCAUUUGAUAUACACUGUGCCUUCGCAGCGGACUUGGAAAAUUUCAAGAUAACUCAUACUCAUGAGUUAGACAAGCAGAAAAAAUUAAUCAAGAAUCUUGGCAAAGAAAUUAUCGACACUAGCUCAAAUUCAAGUGCAGGCCUUUGGGCUUACGGUAAUGUGAAAGAAGCGAUGAAAUUUGGGGACGUUUUCGGUGAUAUGGUGGCUGAUUUCUCAAAGUUCAGUAUGAAGGCAGAAGAUAUUUUUACUUCUGGUGACAAUCCCUCUCCUCCUGGUGGUGAAAACGUUAUUGAUCACAUCAACAAUGCAACCGACAAAAACAAUACCGCAAACUGUCUGCUAUUCUUAACGGGCAGCAAGGAGGAAAAGCCCGUUUGGAUGAUUGACCCGAUUUAUAAUUACACGAGGAUUGUGAUCAUCAGCUUGCAAGGUGCCGAUUUUACCAACAACGUUAAUACUACAAGAGGCUUUUCCCGGAACGUACACCUCGAGCAUUUCAAUGAGUCUGACAUCCAAGCUGUAUACGAUGAAAUCAUGCGGGGCUUCAAGAGGAGUUGGACUUACACGUACUUGAACGAAUACAUUGAGUACCAGUAUGUCUAG